AUGUCUCCUCUCCUUUUUGAGGACUUCUGCGAUCUCCUUGAAAGACUUGAAGAAGUCUCAAAAAGAGAUCCGCCUUCUCUCUCAAAUGAUAGGGAAAAGCGGAACCGCACUAUCAUUCGAUCAUGGUUUGCAUUUCAUACGAUAUCAAUAUACUCAACAAGCAUCAAGCCAGUCACUUUGUUGAAUUCCCUCUUUCCAGCAAAGCGGACUGACCGCGUGUAUGGCUUGCAGCAGAAAAGCUUGUCUCGACGGCUCAGAGGAUGUCUGAAGCUAGGCCAUGGCAGAUGGCAGCAAUUAGACCAAUAUCAACGGCCUGGCCUUGACGAUCUUGGUGCUUGUGUGGAAAGGGUGCUGAAGCAAGCUGAGUUCCCAAAGCAGCCGCCUUCCAAACAGGUCACGCUGCAGGAGAUCGAUGACACUCUUGUGUCAUUGGCGGCGCGGUGCCGCUUUUCUGGGCAUAAGGUCGAAUUCGAAGCCUUCUCUGAACAUACUUCAGAUAUUCUCAGUCGUAAAUAUAUAAAACUGCAGUCCAGGGAGGCGAAGUGGCUUACACGCCUGAUCUUGAAGGGGUUUUGCACCAUCGAUCUGGAUGCGUAUCGGUCAGCCGUCCUUUCGUGUCUAGACUCACGCCUCCCUCUCGCUUUGCGACUCUACGACGACUUCGAUGCAGCUAUCGCCAAAGUAUUAUCUCUGCCAGUCUUGGCGCAUGGGGGUUCUUCAACCAACCUGCAAACUCUCGAGGCUAGGCAGCUUAUGCCCCAAGUCGGCAUCAAAGUUAGCUCUCCAGGGUGGAUAAAGGCUAAAGGCGGAGUGAGCCACGCCAUUUCCCUCAUAGACAGUAGAGUCAUGAGUGUAGAACGAAAAUACGAUGGAGAGUAUUGCCAGAUCCACGUCGGCUUGAGCAAAGGCAAGAAAUGUAUACAAAUCUUCUCGAAAAGCGGAAAAGACUCGACGGAGGAUCGAGCUGGUGUUCUCACAUCUAUCGCACAGAGUCUUCGAAUCGGUGACACGGAAUGCAACAUCACAAGCGAAUGCAUCUUGGAAGGUGAGCUUGUGGUCUGGAGCGACAAGGACAGUCAGAUACUCGAGUUCCACAAGCUACGCAAGCACAUACCUCGAUCUGGCGUGUUCCUAGGAACUAGGGAGGAUUCUCAGCCUCAUGACUAUGAGCACUUGAUGGUAAUCUUCUAUGACAUUCUGCUUCUAGAUGCUCAGCCCGUACUACAUCAGCCUUACCAAGAGCGUCGCACAAUUCUCAAGAAAAUAGUCAAGCCAAUCAAGGGAAGAGUGCACUUUGCUGAACGACAGGAAUUGUCCUUCUCAGACCGGACCGGGCAUACUCAGCUGAGAUUAGCAUUAGCUGAGGCCUUCACUCGCCGGUGGGAAGGCCUUGUUCUCAAGCCGGCCCAUGCCCCAUACUUCGAUUCGAAGUAUCAGCUUUCGAGCCGGUGGAUAAAGCUGAAAAAGGACUGCAUCUGCGGAUAUGGUGACACAGCAGACAUUGCUGUCAUUGGGGCAGGCUAUGAUGUGAAACGUGCUCAUGAGCUGAAUUUUUCAGAGAUUACGUGGACGCACUUCUUUCUUGGCUGUCUGAAAAACAAACAUGCUGUGCAGCACACAAAUGCAAGGCCUUGCUUCCUAAUUGUUGACUGCGUCACGGAUUGCAUCAAAAAGACAGACUUCGAGACUCUUAACCAAUAUGGCAAACUUGCAGCUCUUGCCAUUGGAGACGAGCAAGCAGCAAAGGCAUACGAACUAGAGUAUACUUACAUGGAUUCACGGUUGCCGCAGAUGACCUCGAUCUUUACGCAGCCCUUCGUCUUCGAGAUCGCGGGGAGUGGAUUCGAGAAAUCGGCCAAUCGUAAUAUUUUCACACUUCGCUUUCCUCGCGUCUUGAAAGUCCGUUGGGAUCGAGAUUGGAGGGAUUGUAUUGAUUUGGCACAACUCCAGGUGAUGGCGAAAGAAGCUCGGAGCCUGCCGGCUGGCGACCUUGGACAGGAAGUCUCCGCCUGGGUCAUGAGACUCAACGAUGUUGACAGGAGGAUUGUAUCACGCUCUAGUCCUCGGGAUACGGCAAGCACAGCAGACUCAGAUCGACGAUAUUCAGACACAAGCGUCGACUCGAAGGCUGGGUCUGGCUCUCGCCGUCGAGGCCUCCAUAAAACAACUCCACCGCUAAUUCGAAUUGACUCGGAUGAGAUGCAGCAAGACGAGCGGAGGCAGGACGAUGGAAGUGUUGCUCGCGAGCCCUUUGUGCGAAUCAAUAACAACGCCAGGCUCUCUGAUAGCCCUCAAACCACCGAGCCGCUCGUCUCUCGGCGACCCGAGCUUUCCUUUGAUCUCGUUCGCAAGAGGGCUUUGGACGCGCAGGAACAUAUUCUUCACGUGAAACGCACCAGACGAAAGGCAGUAGGCUUUUCCUCGCCCGAUCGAGAGACAACGGCAGACGAAAGCUCCGUCGCCACUGUCUCUCAGCUCCACACAAUCCAUGCGCGUGCAUCACCUCCCACACUGAUACGACCGAAGCCAGUUUCGAAGGCAUCGGCCCUACCCACUCCACCCAGUAGCGCUGAGACUACCUUGAUCAAGAUGCCUGAUUUCCGAAAUCAAACAGUCAUCAUAUCUGCAUCCUUGAGUGAGAAGGGGCAGAAGCUUCGGACAUUCAUCAAACGAAAGACUGCAGCAAAUAGUGUCUAUUAUGCGAGGUCCAGGGAAGAAAUAGCUUCCAUUGCGAAAUCGGAAGCGCCAGAGAAUUUCAUCGAGCUCAUGACUUUGACUGAUGCCACGAACAUCCAAACAGCAACUGAAGACCUGAUCGAUAUGCUAGCUUGCAUCAAUACACUAGAUCAUUUUGAGGCAGCUUUAUGGGACUGGCGUUUACUUGAACUCAUCCCCAAAGGCACACAAGCGGUAGGCAAAAUCAAAGAAGCCAAGGACGCGUUUGUUGCAAAACUCUGCUGGCAUAAAGGUGGAGGGCCUGGAGAGCUGAAGUUGACGUGGCGUGAUGGAUCUAUAGACUCCAUUCCAGAGGAUUUCAUUCAGCGCAUUGAGGAAGCAAUUUCUUCCAACAUUGAGGAGUGUUCCAUGUGA